GCUCGCCCUUCUAACAUCUCACAGAGCUCUCGCAUGAUUGCGCGGAUGUGUGCGCGCCUGGCAAUUCAGCCAGCCAGCCUGCUAGUCCGAAGGCGACGGUCAAUAGAAGAGUGCUACCAGAACAUACCGGUCGACGGCAUUUUUCACUAUCCAGGCGCUAGCUGAGCCCUUUCAACACGUCAUUCUCUGCCCUAGUGUUCGAAUUCAGGGUUCCUGGUGUCUGUCGGGCAGCGUAUUCUGUUCUGCCAUCUCCUUUUCCGAGAGAGACCCUUCGAUCAGAACAGUUGUGAUCAAUUCGGUGGUAGUUGGUAACCUCGAAUCUACUUGAUUUUCACUUCAGAUUUCGAACUGUUGUGUGUGUAAUUUAGAGGCCCGGACGCGUAUAUAUAUACUGGUGACACGUGUGAUCAAUCGAGACCCUGUUGGAAUUGUUGUUAUUCCACGAUCAAUCAACCACAGACAUACCCGCAUCCAGCAAGUGGAUGGUUGCGGAAUUCGAUUCCAGACUGCGCCCUGACUCUCUCUUCUCUACAACAGUUUUUGUAUUCUUUCGAUGUCCGAAACAUUCGAAGUAUUGAAUACAUCAUCAUAUCCGGAAGAACAUGUAACGUAAGAAAAUCGAACAUCCAGAAACGAGGAUCAGGGAAAAAUAGGAGUGAGUGGCCCUCGAAAACCGUGUUGGUACUUCGGACUAGUGCUGCUACCUGAUGCUGGCUUGGUACGCCUCGAGCCCGGACCACGGCGGAAACCCGGACCUGUCCGCUAAUCCUCCGCCUGCUUCUUCACCGCAUUUCAGGCCUACGAUGCAAAGUCCUGGUCCACCUUACCAAAGUACCAUGGGCUCUGCAAUGAAUUACUCUGAGCGUCCGUAUGAAAAUCAAAUGGCUUCACACUGUCAAACAAACAGCUAUCCUUCCUACCAGCCUCCAUCUCCUUACAGACCUCAUCCUGUGUCACCACCUGCUCACGCUCAUCAAUAUGGUGCGCAUGGAGGACAUCAGAUGCAUGGCAGUUUGGCAGCUGCCUAUGGCACUAGUCACCAACUGGGUCCUUACGGCUCAGCGCCUACUUCUCAUUAUGCUUCAUUAAGCCCGGACUUGUACGGAGGCAGGACCUGCAUGUAUAGCAGCAGUAGUGCUAGGGCUAUGCAGCAGAUGAAAGCAGCUUGGGGUGGAGAUAAUAACAGUAACAGCAGCACUGAUAUUAUGCAGUACAGUCAACCCUCUCCAAGACCCAUGAUGCCUCCACCUGCCAUACAUUCACCCCCACAUGGCGGCAUGGGCGGUGCAACACCAGGACCUCCAGCACAUUAUCGUCAAAUUCCCCUCGUUCCUUCCGCUGCUGGUCAUUCUCCUCAUUCUUGGUCUCAGUCACAGAUUCCAAGUCCUGGUAUACUCCAAUCUCCAAGGACGACACCGUCUCCUUUGCCGGCACACUCGAGAUCUCCUGUUGGAGGAGGGCAACCAUUUAGCCCUCCUCCUUCAGCGCCGUCACCCCAACAGCCCCAACAGCAGCAUCCUCCUCCAUCAAUGACUCCGCAUCCGCCUCCACCGCACAAGAAUACUCCAUCUCCUCCUUCAGGGGCUACUACACCUGCUCCUUCAAAUGGUGGUGCUCGUCAACCCUGUGGCAGUCCAAUGGGAGGUCAAGGAUCUGCCAACUCUGAUCCGUUACAGUCAUUGCAAAAAAUGGUCAUGUUGGACUCUGAAACUGUUGAAUCUCCUAUAACUAGAGCAAAUUAUGAAAUGGCAGCAAAUCAAGGCCCAGGAGGUGCAGCCGGCCCAACUGUUGCUGGCCGCCCCUCAUCUUAUUUUUCCGUAGAACAGUUGGCAGGUAGUGAUCCAGGAUCACCUUAUCCAACAUAUUAUAAUCUUGAUCAAAAUAGGUUGUGCACACCGCCAAGGACUGCUAUGUCUACUCCAACUAGUUCUACAUUUUCUUCGGCACCUGAUUCAACGUCUAGUAAUUCACCUCGUAGUGAUUCGCGAACAACUACAGCAAGCGCUGAUUCAUCCAAUCAUGUUGGUCACGUUAAUGGUGAAGUGAAUCCUCAUGCUGUGAAUCCUAUUCCUGGCACAGGACCACCAGAUAGCCAGCCACCACCGCCACCCCAACAGCAACAAGGUCCACCACCAAGGCGGUCUGAUUUUGAAAACUUCGGAGUCGCCGAUGUUAGAAUGACAAAUGGCAACCAUCAGCCAGAGCCCUGCUGGCUCAGGGACGAUCUUGGGGCUCCUUCAAGUGAUUCUGAGAAUAAAGACACUCAAGACUUUUUACAACAUCUUGGCGGAGGAGUGCCACCACUACCAGAACCAGAUGGUACUGUAGACUUACGACGCAAAUCUCCCAAGUCACCAAGGGGUAGAAGGCGAGUUUUUGGCCAUGAUUUACAAUGUGAUCCUCUAAUGGAUAAUUCUAUGGAUAUUCCACGCAAUAAACAUAUGAUGAUGGGCGAAGAGAGGAGAAAUUCAACCUUGCCUGAAUUCGAAAUUACAAAUGGUAAGCCCGAGCCUUGCGACGACGUGUACCCUACAGAUGGAGGUUAUACUCCCCGACCUCCUCGGUAUUAUAGUCCAACAAAUCGUUGGAAUAAAAUGGGACCUUUGGAAGAUGGCUUCAUGGGAAUGCAACAGAGCAAGCCAUAUCCUGAUGAUUGUCUUUCUUUGCCUAAACCUUCUAAAAGAGGCAGAAAAAAGAAAAUAUUUGACGGUGAGAGUGGAAUAGUUUCUGAAUGGGAUAUGUACAAUUCAGAGAUGGUACACCGUCCACCAAGAAUAUCAAGAGGUGGUUCGAGAGGCCGGAGGGGUAGCCGAAGACGAGGUGGAAUCACUACCUAUCCUGCUGGCAAUGGUGAAGUGCCCAUGGAUAUGUACUCCACUGAUGCCAUGUUAUCAAUGCGAAAUCAUCCCACCAAUGGGAUGGGGGACAUUGUAGGGGGAGCCACAGAUAAAGAUAUGUCUUGGGCUUCCCAUGGUUAUCAUAUGGGCCCUCCACCUACUGGUAUGGGCGCGGACUACGGCUCCAAAGAUAAUAUGUCUGUCAUAAAGCCCCCUAUGAUGGAUGCGCAUGCCAUGGACAAUUCUUCCUUAAACAAUAACCUCGCACAGUCUCAACCUCCGCCAAAUUAUCAAAGUGAUGUUCCUCCCGAUGACAGGGCUCGUGGCCCUUUGUUAUUUACUGUUAAUAAAGACGGUAGUACUGUUAAACUGCAGGACAGUGGACAAAUGAACAGUAGCAAUCAGCCUCAAUAUUAUGAUCCUGUGCUUGGGCAGAUGAUGCCUCAGCCAAUCAAGAAAAAACGAGGUAGGCCGUUCGGAAGCAAAAAUAAACCGAAGCCUCCUGGUGAAGAACGCCAACCACGACGGCGUCGGAAAAAAGAAGUAUUCUUUGGUCCAGAAGGACCGCCUCCGCCCGUCAUCAAGAAACGUAUCAUCAAUGGUCCCUAUGUCCACAUUGUGGGCAUAAGGAACAAACCUCUUGUUGUUUCCGUUGUGAAUACUCCUCCAAAAGAUGAAAAUGCUGAAGCAAAGUAUUGGCAACAAAAACAGCUUCAGUUUGGAGGUGUAAUUCGACAAAAUAUGGGAAUGGGUUCCAGUUCUGGCCUGCCACAUAUAUACGACACAAUUACUAAAGACAGAAGUUGGCUCUGUUCCCUUUGCUGUAAGAACAGUCAUUAUCGUGGGUUAGGUGAUUUAUUCGGCCCUUAUUACCUGAAUGGCGAUCAAAAGCCGUCCAACUUCUCUGCCCCACCCUCCCCGGCUCCUAUGUCAGCAUUUGGCAACGAGUCCAGUGAGCCUGGUGACGAAAUGGAACAAGAGGACAGUCGAGAAGGUUUAGCAGACCCAAGUUCUUGUUCCGAUAUGCCAGGGGUACGACGGUUUCCUGGGAAAAGAAAGUCAGAUGUCAUGGAACAAAUGUUUCGUGCCGCACUUCUCAGAAAGGCUAAACAAGCUAAUGGUCAGAAGCCAUUAGAGGAGAUGUCAAAUCACAUGUCAAGUUGUGACAUGCCUAUGUCAGUCCCAAAUUCAUUUCCUUUGGACGCAUCGGUGGAUAACAACAAAGAAUUUUGGGUGCACGAAGAAUGCGCAGUUUGGUCCAAAAAUGUGUAUCUAUUUGGACAUCGGCUGAGAGGUCUGGAGGAGACAGUUUUACAAGCUGUUGAUAAGCUUUGUUCAAGGUGUAAAUUUCCAGGAGCUUCUUUAAGUUGUGCUAGUGACAAUUGUCCAGAGCUCUAUCACUAUUUAUGUGCUCGGGAUAAUUGGUGUCACAUGGACGAAGACACUUACACAAUAUAUUGUCCACAGCACAAGAUUCUAUCAAGCCAUUGUGACGAGCAGCAAAGCAUUCAAAAUUCAUAGGGAAUAUCCACUACUACUACAAAGAGCUUCCAGCUAUUUGAGGUCCGUGGUUUGGUGCUAAACAUUUCAGCAAAAGAAGAAACCAUUGACCACUUCUAACUAUAACUGCCAACUGAGGACGGAAUUUAAAAGCAUGGCUUGUGUGGUGUACAAACUAAUAAGUGGUUCAUCGCCGUGAUGAACAGAAAGCUCUUAACAAGAAAUCGUGACUUGGCUGGUUCAAAAAUUGGGGAAAAAUGACACCACUAACUGUGACUUUUGCAGACACAUUUAUCUCUUCAGUUUUAUAUAUAUAAAUAUAUAUAUUCACAUAAUAUAUAUAUAUAUGAUUAUAAAAUCCAUGCCAUUGCUGUUUUUAAGCCUCCUUGAAAAUUUUUUGUCUUGUAUUUCCAGAUGUGGUAUUUUUAUCCCAAAAAAUUCCCAAGUUUCUAUUUAGAUAGAGGGUUUGUUUGUCAGUCCUCUGUAGCAACCUUCAGCACACAGAAAUUUGAUUGUUAAUAUUUUGUAACUGAGUGAAAUCAAAAUUGUGUGUGAAGUCUUGAGUAAAAAAAUAUUAUUAUCAUAUGUGCAUUUUCACUGAUUAAAAUUUGCUAUGCAACCAAUAAAGAUUAUAUUCGUAUGUAUACUAUUUGCUGUAGAUACUGCCGAAACUGUAAAAGAACAAUAUGUAAAAUUGCAAACAAAAAAGUGGAAUUAAAAUUUUCUCGUUAUACAUAGUUUUAUUCAUGAUGGUGAGAAUUCUAAGAGUUUGUGUAGCUUUUAAAUAUGUUAUUCUGUUUGCUGUGGGUUGCUAAAUUGGUAAGUGUAAUGAGAAAAAUAAAGCACAAUAAGUGGGAAUGCAAGUUUUAUCAAAAAAAAAAAAAAAAAAAAAAGAUGAAAUGUGAAUAUAUUUCUGUUUUCAGUGUUAUAACUCUUUAAUGUUGAAUAAAAAUAAAUUUUUAGUUAUUCUGUAAACUGUAUUUUUCCCGAUUCACACAUAAAUAUGUUUUAAUAGCAAAAUAACUGCUAAAAAAUGGCUUUCAUUAAAAAAAAAAUAUUUUCCAUACAUUGAAUUUUAUCCCAUGUGCAAACGUUAAGUUUGCUCGUAAUGAUCCAAAAUCAUGGAACAUCUGAAAACUUUGGGAUUUACACUUCAGAAAUAGCACGAUUUCUUUCUUCCAUUUUCUGUCGAAAUAUUUGUAACUUCCCUACAACUUUCAGAUUUCUCUUGCAUGUACUUAUGAAAUCAAUAGCAUGAAUAUUUUUCUAGACCUAUUUAAAUCUUCACAGUUGAUGUUUUUUUUCCCUUUAUUUUUCCACUUAGUAUAUUAGCCUCAAUUUCAAGCAAUCAAUGCAUACUUAAUUCUUUAAUUAGUCUUUCAAUUCUGUAAAUAUAUAGCUGGGUGACUGUCUUGAAUUUGAAUUCAUUCUGUUUAUAACUAUAUCAUUAAUGAAGAAUAUAACCAACUGCUCUGAUUUUCCUCUCUUGUGGUUUUAAAAAAAAAAGAAAUGGAAAAACUUUAAUUUUAAUUUGAUAUUAUAUUGUAUUAGUUUUCACUGAAUGAAUUUACAUAAAUGUGUAUAGUAUUUUUAUAUAAGGACUAAGCAAACCAGAAAUUAAAGGCAUAUGUUAAAAAACAUCAUUUGAAAAAUACUGUAUGUAUUCUUUUUCCUAGUGCAUUGUCAUUACAAAUUCUGUUCACCAUACCUUAAAUGUAUCUUGUUGUCUUUGAAAAUGACAAUACUGAAUUCUAAAACCUCUCCAUCUUUGUCAUCACUGUUUUCCAUGUAUGUAUGAUAAAUUUCAAAAAUAUUUUUUGCAAAAUGGAAGGAAAAGUAAUUAUUAUAAUAGUAAUGCACUUUUCAGUUAUACUGGAUCAUAUUUUUUUGGAGAUAAUUUUUGGAUCUCAAGAAUUCUUUUGUCAAAGUAUCUGUAAUGACAUUUUGGGCACCUACUCUUGAAUUGGAUUAUUUGAUUUAUGCAAGGGCUAUCACCUAAGGAAAUGAACGCCUUCUGGAGAACAUUUUAAAGGAAAGUGACUCAUAUUUGCAUUACAUGUGGGGAAAGCUAUUAAACUCUCAUGCAGCCAGCUUAUUCACUGAGAUUUAAACUUAAAUGAAACUACCAGUAUUUGGUGAUCUUACCAUUCGGCUGAUGAUGGGCAUCAAACUUUUGAAAGACGUUUAGAAGCAUAUGUUUUUGUUGGCAGCAAACUCUAUAAGCUACACCUGCUUAAUAUUACUAAUUAAGUGCUUAGUUGUUAAAGUGAAGAAAAGGUAGUGAGUGAAAUUUAUGUAAUGAAUAGACAAGAAGGAAGAAAAUGUAAUGAUUGUUGCCAGCGGUAUACUUUUUAAUAGACCAGAAACUAGAAAUAAGCAACAGAUAAUGAUUACUAAAAUGUCAGUACAGACUUUGUCGCCAAAAAAUUAUUGCCCAGAAAAUAUGACUUGGUAUAAUCAAUAAACAAGAUUAAUUAUGAGAAAUAUUUUACAGUAUUAAGGGAAAAGAAUUUAGAAAUAAUGGUCAUUUUAUUUCAUUUAUUGCAUUAACUUUUAAAUAGAUUCCGAAAUUUAAAAUGUCAUAAUCUUGGUUUAUUGGUUUCAUCAGUUCUUUGUCUCUUCUUUGGAAUUGUAUUAAAUUUUUCAUUAUACAUACUUAUUUAACUUGCAUUUCCCUUUAAGCAUUUACAUUUCAGUAUUCAAAUGUAUUAGAAUCAUUUCACACGUUUUUAACAUGAAAUAAUUACUUUAACUAAAAUUAUUCUGUAUUAAAUAUUCAACUGGAGUUUAGGUGUAUGUCUCCAUUUUUGUAGAGAAAAAUGUUUUUAUGGAAUAUUCAUGUGUAUUUCUAAAUUAUAUCCUUAUCAUGUACAAACAUUAUUGUCAAACUUGUAACUAACUUAAUUAAAACAUCGUUUUUGGGAGGUUCAAACCUGAAUUGUAUAAGUUUCAAAAUUGUUUUAAUACAAUUAUUUAUAUGGAAAUACUGCAUUACUCUAAAUUUAGACCUAGGCUUUAAAAUAGGAAAAAAUAAUAAUAAAUAGAUACCAUUGAAUUUAAACCCAAUAGGAUUUUAAAAUUGGAAAAUAAUGAAAAAUAAAAAUGAUUUUAUAAUAAGUACAGAAAAAUACCUAUUGUGAAAUCAUUUUGACUUUUAAGACCCGAACACUGAGAACUAGAAAAUUGGCAAAAAUACAUCAUUAAAAUAUUUCCUUUGAAUUUAGGCCACCUCUUAAUUUUACAUCUUAAAAAUCUAAAUUUAAAAUGAUGUUUAGGUUAAAAGUAAUAUAAUAGCUCUUACAUAAAGUGAUUUUUUAAAUUAUUGUAAUAUGUUAUCAGUGCGAAAAUAUUAGCUGUCUCUCUUAAAUGUAUCUUAAGUAGUGUCUUUCAAGAAAUACUUCGCUUUCAUUACUAACAUUAUUCUUAAAUAUUAUUCAAUAGUCGGUGUACAUAAUUUUUUUCUGUAGUGAUAAAUGUUGUUUUUAAUUCAUCGAGAAAAGAAAAUUCAAUUUUGAAAUUGGUAUUUACCUGUAACAGAAGGAAAAUUUUUUUAGCCUAUCAAGCAUACUAAUCUAAUGUAUGUUGAAUCAUUGUUUACCUUAAUAUACUGGAGCAUUUGUUCAGAGCAAAAUCCUACAUUUAUAGAAGUAUUUAUUUAGCAAUAAGAAAUCUUCAAUGGUUUUAUUAUACUUGUUUAAAUUUUAUUUCAUAGCAUUAAAAGUUGGAGUGUGUUAAAUUUCUCCCCUUUUUUUUCUUCCUAUGUUAAACUAAAUAUUUUGCAAAUAUAUAUAAAAAAUGUAUUAUGUUCUAUAAUUCAUUAGCAUUGAGAUAAUCAGCUGCAGUUGGUAUUAACUGAGGAAAAAGAAAUCAAAAUUACAAAAUUGUAAGUACUUGUUCCAUUCUUCUGUGCUGGCAACAGGAGAUGUUCUGUCAUUCCAAACUACACAUCAAGGAAAAGAGACCUAAACUAUUGGUUGUUUUUUAAUAUAGAUUUUUAGUUAAAUAUAUUUUUGUUUUUAUUCUAAUAAAAUAUACAUUUUUAUCAAUGGUUGUAAAUUAAAACUGGACAAAAAAUGUUUUAACAUCCUUAUAAUAUUAACUAUGAACAGUUCUUUCCAUCUGUGCUUGGAAAAUUGUUAUAUUUAUAAAUGUUAUAAUUAUAAUUCACUUUUACAAGCAGUUGUGAGCCACUGUUAUCCAUAUGUAUCAUACAAGGUGUCUCAUAUUUAAGAAAAUGAAUCUGAUUCAUUAUUUUAAAAUAAUUUCAAAGUGCAACAUUUAAUGUGAUGUUAGAUUAGGUUCAUUUUAUAAUUUUUUGUUAUGUUUUGUAAUUUUAUCUACAUUCCUAUCAUAUUUAUUUAAAUGAUAUUUUUUAAUAUUUUAAUUAAUAUAUUUUUACACCAGUGCUUCAAUUAGAUCUCUCUUUAAAUUAUACAAUUCAAAGUUUGAUAAAUUCUGAUCUUGAAAAGUUUUUUUCUCUUGGUUAUACAGUUACUUCUAGAAAAUGUGAUGAAAAUUAUUGUGUGAUAAUCAAAAUUCACACACUUAAUGGAACACAAUUUUUCCCCUAUAAAUAAAAAGUUAUUAAAGAAUAGAAAUUUUAAAAGUUGAACAUAUAGACAAAUUUCAGGGUUUAAAAAAGGUACAUUUCCCCCCCUUCGCUUCUCAUUCUGAAUGGCAGUGGCAGUUUUAACCAAACCUUCAGUGCAAGCCUCUUUUACAUAUAUCGCAUACCAUAGUAUAUUCUUUACUGUAUUUAUCUACUUUAAAAACUAGAAUUUACUGUAAUUAAUUUUUUAUUUUGAAAAUAACAAAGCUUUUGACCUAAAUUUUCAAAAUGCAGAAUAAAACUCAAUAUUAAAAUUAACAUAAUAGUAAUAAAGCUAGUAAGAAAUUUCCCGAAAAUUACAGAAGUCCUUUAAUUAAUAUAUAUACAAUGCAUUUUGUUAAAAAUAGCAAUUGUUUAUAAACCUUCCCUCUUUCUCCCUUUAUAUAAUAAACUGAUAUUCCUGAGGUAUUAAAAUUAUUCUCUAAAUGAGCUUCCUUCAUUAUCUUAUGUUCAUCAAAUACAAAAAUGUAUUCUUAAGUAAUAUCCCUACAUAUAUAAUUAUGCUUUUAAUAAUUAAAAGAACACACAUUGUUUAAAUUUCCCAUUUGAUGUCUUUCCAGAAAAGAUAUCUUUUGAUUAGAUUUCAAAAUGUUUACACUCAAGACAAGAUCCAUUUUCAAAAUGAUGCUGCAUUAUGAAUUAUGUAAGAAAAAGAAAUCAAUCACUAAGAUUUAAAAAGCAAAAAACAAUAAGUAAGCAUAAAUUUAAACUUUAGUUUUUCUCCCUUGAUCAGGUAGGUGUCCAUAGAUAGUGUGUAAUUUUGAUAUAAUUUUAAGAACUUUGGAAAACUUCGCUCUAGGUUAUUUUUGCAUUUCCAAGCUACAUGAAUUACAUGAAAUUGAAAUUGAAGAAAAGAAAAAAAAAAAAAAAAAAAAAUCAGUUUGUCACUCAUUCUGACUUUUUCAAACUUCUAAACCAAACUGAAUAAAAAAUAAAUAAAUAUUCUUUCAAUUUCGUUCAUAUUAUGUUUUAUCUAUCCAGUGACCACUUUUAAUUCACAAGAAUGAUGAUUUUUAAUCCAGUAUAUGUACCUGCAUUAUAAGCACAAAGACACUUGUAUCCAAACAAUUUCCUUGGAUUCUGAAAUUGUUCUAACUUGAGUACUAAAAGCUUUAAUGCUAUUGCUAGCACCUACAUAUAACCUAAGAAAUGGGAAAUGUCACGUCCACAAACUGGGUGAUAAUUUAUAAUCUGAAGAUAGAGAAGAGAAUUCGAGGCUUUUGCCUUGGUAGGAGAGAGAAAUCAUACAUUGAAGGUUUGCCAUAAUGAUGCAAUAUUUGGCAUUUUAAUCACCAUUUUUUUGGUUUGAACAUAAGGAUUAUUCUGAAAUUACACUGUCACGUUUUAAAUUGAUCUAGUUUAGCUCUUUAGAAGCUCAUAUUUUAAGAACUGAAUACAGAUGUUAUCAUUUGCAGAAUUUUUUAUACUUUUAUCCAAUUUGAAGUUUCCUUGAGUAAGAAAAUUCGGUACUUUUGAAGGAAUGCUGAAAUCGAAGCUGAUAUCGGCAACCACGGUUUCAACAUGUGGUAGAAUUUUCGUUUUUGGGGGUAUAUUUUCGAGCAUGUAUCUGAUACACUUGUUUAAGUAUACAACAUAUUAAGUAUAUAUGCUUUAUAUCCAGCCGUCAGUUUGUUGAGGAUUGUAAACACCUGUAUAAAGCAAAUAUCAGCCAUGUGAACUUUUGUUCCUUCUUGUGAAAUUUCUUAUAAAAUUGUCUUUAUUAUUUCGUUUGAAUAGAACAAUAUUGUAUAGACAAAGUUCACUAAAAUUAUGCCGUAUGCCCCUUAUAGGGGUCUGUCCAACAUUUUUGAAAUUAUAAACGUCAUUGCCUACAUACAUCCUCAUAUUUGCAUUCCUUCCUUGCUGUCUGCACUUGAACUGCAAGAAAGGUGUCUCUAUGUACACUGACCUCAUUUAUCCACUAUUAUAAUAUAAAUCUGCUCUAACCUAACAGGUAACAGCAGCACUCUGGAUUAUAUCUACAGACAUUCUUCGUCAGUUUACAAAAUCACCUACACAUUCAUUGACAGCAUUUCGUGGGGGUGCAGAUAAUCGAAAAUCCUGAAAAUUUAUUAAAUAUACAGCGUAUUAUUCAUCAUAACAUAAAGUCACACAUUUUCCAUCAUUAAAUUAAUAUUAAAAUUUAUCUUUUUUUUCCUGUAGUACAUUGUAAAAUGAUAUGAAUGGGUAUAAUUUUAGAUUUUAACAUUACUAAUUCAAUUCAAUAAAAAAAAAUAAGUAAGUUCUUUUAUCUCGUUGUACUUCUGUAAUAAUACAAAUAAUAAUAAUAGUAAUAAUUGUCUUUUUUUAUCAGUUAUUAUUUUGGACAUAGUUUUAAAGUAAAUGGAAUAAUGUUUUGUUCACCAGUUUACUUGUCUUAAACUUCAUUAAUUUUCAUGCAAAUUCAAAUUCAGUUACAUUUUUGAUGUAGAAUCAAUCUUACAAAGCUUUGCAAAGAGAAGUACAAUUGAAGCACUCCCCUCCUCUCUUUUUUUUUUUUUUUUUUUUUUUUUUUUUUUAACUAUCGAGAAUGAUUAUUAAAAUCAAAUAAGGCGCACAAGAUUUUUCCAAGAGCAUUCAGUACCUUUUUAUAAGACCAGAAGUAAAAUUUAUACCAAAAGAGAAUUUAUUUAAAAUUUUUGGUUUCAUUUGCUUACUAGUGAGAGCACCUUGUAAAUCCUAUACCUUUGUCUUAAAAGAAACAAAAAUUCAAAAUCGAAAAAAUAUUGUACACUGUAUAUGAUGUGUUCCAUAUCCCAUUUGCUGGGUAAUGAUUUUAUUCCCAAAAUGGUGAGUGUGCUAGUCUUCUCAGCUUUGUGAAUUCUUAGUAUGUGUAGGGAAUGUGCAUUACACUGUUAUAAAUUUAUAACAGGACUGAGUGAGCGCAGCAUUAUCCCUACUUGAAACAAAAAAAAAAAAAAAAAAAAAAAAAAAAAAAAAACACACCUGCUUCAUCAUCUCGGCCGUUGUUGUUGUAUAAGAAACACUGUAGUUGUGUGUUGUACAUAGUUAUGUAUGCUCAUAUGUGGAUACAUAGCGAUGAAUAAACAGUUACAACUA